CUAGGAGAUCUGGAAGUUCCGGCCUUAGCAGAAAUAAUUGCGGCAUAAGUAGAACAGUGAGUAUACUUAGGUUGAGACCUAAAGCCUUUUAUCACUUAAAGUCAUUUAUUACUGUCACUGUCAUUAUCGCGUGAUAAAUAACGUAUGUUCUUUAAGUGCAAAUCAACAAUACGUUUAAGCCCUAUCUGUUCUACCAAGAUGGCAACCUCAGAAGUGAUGAAGGCCGUCGUUUUUGAUGGCCCAUAUAAGAUUUCUGUACGGGACAGACCCGUUCCUCAGAUCCAGAGUUCUCAGGAUAUCAUCGUGAAGGUCAACAUGACUGCUUUGUGUGGAUCAGAGCUACACUUGUACCGAGGCGUUGAGCCAACAGAACCAGAUUUUAUCAUGGGUCACGAAUUCACGGGUACUGUUGUUGCUUUGGGCUCUGAAGUCAAGACCGUGAAGAUUGGAGACAAAGUAGUCUCCCCCUUUACUGCUUCUUGUGGUGAAUGCUACUACUGUCAGAACGGUGGCUCGGCACGAUGCGUCAAGAGCCAGGCUCUUGAUUCUCCCAAUCUCGAUGGAGCUCAAGCCGAAUAUGUCCGCGUACCGUUCGCAGACGGAACUGUUAUCAAGGCACCUGAGGGAAUCCACGACCAGGCCCUUAUUCUGAUGGCCGAUAUCUUCCCCACCGGUUAUUUUGGUGUCAAGAGUGGAGUUGAGAUGAUGCCGAAGCUAGAGCUACGAGAUUCUACUAUCGUGGUAAUUGGAUGUGGCCCUGUUGGACUUUGCGCCAUUGCUGCUGCUGCAGUACUCAAGCCAAAGCAUCUGUUUGCUGUGGAUAGCGUUCAGAGCAGACUUGAGCAGGCUGCGAAGCUUGGUGCUGAACCUCUCAACUUCAUGGAGAGCAGGGGUGAAAUGAUUGAACGCGUAAAGUCAGUUACUGAUGGCAGAGGCGCUGAUAUAGUGGUGGAAGUGGUCGGGCUCUCGCCAGCACUUCGAACAGCAUUUGACUUGGUUCGCUCGUUCGGUGCUAUCAGUAGCAUUGGUGUUCACAACGCUGAGAUCCCUUGGUCAGGCAGUGACGCUUACAAUAAAAAUGUCCGUCUGCAGAUGGGACGCUGUCCCGUCAGAAGUAUCUUUCCAGAGGCAAUGGAAAUUCUGAAGCAAGAACAGCAUUCUCUCAACUUCCUCUUCGACAAUAUUCUUCCUUUGUCAGAGGCAGUUCGAGGCUACGAGCUGUUCAACGAGUCCAAGGUCCAGAAGAUUGUCUUCCAAGUCUGAAUUUUUAUGUAAGAUGGCCUCAGACCCUGACACUGCUUGUUAUCUUUAACCAUCCAUGGUGGCAUUUCUUAGAGAGGAAAAGUCUAAAUAAUCAAUUGUCUAAGUCUAC